ACAUUGGAUGGUCUAGCAGUUGAUUGGAUAGUGGGGAAUCUCUACUGGUCCACUGGGGGAAAUCGACAAAUUUGGGUCUCUCGUCUAGACGGUGCUUGGCCACGUCUUCUUCUCACUCUGGAAGAUUUCGAUGCUGGCGCUGGUAGUUCAGCCAGCGGAGGUGGUGAUAAGGAAUCGGCAGAUGUCUUGGGGGAUCCUUACAGCGAUGAGACUCAUAAACGGCGACCCACUGCUUUGGCUAUUGAUCCGAUCAAUCGUUACCUCUUCUUCAAUGUUUGGUCCGGAACGAGAGGGCGAAUUGAACGUACUUGGCUUGAUGGAACACACAGGGAAGUCAUUGUUGACCAUAAUCACACUGUGUGGCCCAACGGGAUAGCCCUAGACUUCGAAUCUCGUCAUCUCUACUAUGUGGACGCCUACUUGGGAGUUAUAAGCCGAGUUGACUACAGUGGAGCUAAUCCUAAACAAAUUGUUUCAGGUCAUCUUCAACAUCCAUUUGGAUUUGAUCUCCUCGGUGACAAUCUCUAUUGGAGUGACUGGCAAACCUUAUCGAUUUCUCAGGUAAACAAACGGACUGGAGAGGAUUUACGAGUUCUCAAGACUAUUAGUGUUGAUGAAGCCCUUAUGGGUAUUCGGGCUGUCGAUCUCUCAGCUAAAAAUACAUAUAAAGGAAAUAUUUGUGGUGACAAGUCGAGGAGUGGGUGCUCCCAUCUCUGCUUCAUGCUGCCAUCUCAGCAGGGGACUGGGCGUUCUUCUAACCUGGCCAAUAAACAUGAUGAGGCAGACGAUCUCUACUACUGCGCCUGUCCUCCUGAAUACGCACUUGAUUCUGAUGGGAAGACUUGCAUUGUACCCGACUCCAUGCUUCUCUACUCGCUCGAUGGUACGGGAAUUAGGCGCAUGAGUCUACCCAAAUCUCGUCAAAAACAGUCUCAUCGUCCACCGCCUGUUCAUCAUCCAGGAAACAACAGACGUCCUUCUGGAACAGCAGGUGGUAAAGGUUAUGGUCUGACUAACAAUGAUGUAGAAUUGGCUGCGGCAGAAACAUCUGCAAUGGCGUCGAAUCAGAUAUUCAAUCAGGUCCCUCUUCCCUUCAUGCAUCGAGUCAUUCGCUUUGACGUGCACAUAUCGGAAGAGCGAAUCUAUUGGGUGGAGGACUCUGCACCGCAGUGCAUAUCGGUAGCAUUUCUAAACGGAACGGGAAAAGAGACACUUCUGUGCCUAUUCCAUGAUACUGUCAUGGAAGAAUUCUCUAAUCGAACGGUAGGCAAAGGAAUGGGUGAGUCAGACACGUCCCAACCUCCCCCCUCCGGAAAUACUCUCCAAGCCCGUGAUUCUAUCGUCGGAUUAGCCUUAGACUGGCUCACGAAUGCCCUUUACUUCUGCGUAGACGGUGAACGACCCAGAUUAGAAGUGAUUGAUCUCAAGUACCGAAACUAUCUUCCUUCUCUAUCUCCCAUACAUGAUAGUUCCGUACUGCCCUUAUACUCACCUCCUGUGCCACAGCACCCCUCUCAAAGGGGUUCACGACCUCGAAAAACCCCCACCGCAUCACGUAGUCGGGGCAAUUGGCAUUCUAAUCUACGUGUCCGACGGGAUAUCGUUCCCCCCUGGUUUCUUCCCUUCAAAGGUUCUGACCCUGUUGCAGAUGCCUAUGAUCUCUACACAUAUGAUUUUAACCCAGUUACUGAUAGAUUGGCCAAUAGUGUGGAUAAUUAUCGGCUAGUUUUAUUGCACAAUCUGUCUUCUCCACGAGAUAUUGUGGUGCAUCCAAAGAAACGCUAUUUAUUCUGGUUGGAUGGAACCCACAAUGCACGUUUCAAUAUAUUUUCUGCCGGUCUGGAUGGUCGAAAUCACCGAUUGAUUUGGAAUGGAGUUGGAAUGGUCAUGAGUUUGGCCAUUGACUAUACCGCCGAUCGUCUUUAUUGGAUGAAUUGGGUGACCAAGUGCAUUGAGUCUAUAACUCUCAAUGGUGAAGACUGGUUCUCGGUUAAUCCUCAACUACCGUCAGAUCAUGGGACUUUGAGAAAUUCUGAUUAUAUGUAUGAUGAUAGUUCUCCUCGAUCUUCCUCCUCUUCGGAUUUCCACCCUUAUGCCAUUGAUGUCUUUCAAGGAUCAGUUCUAUUCUCGGAGCUAACUACUCAAAGUGUGUACAGAGUGCAAAUUCCAAGUACUCGCAAUAAAGGGAAUCAAUUCAAUGUGGCUGCUGAUUUGCUUCUUCGUGGUGCAGCCUCACCCUCGGGUCGACAAAACUUCCUUGUCUUGGGUCUUUUUGUUGCUGGAUUCGAUAGACAAGCUGCAGAACCAGGUCAUCGUUGUGCUCCACCCUCGUCCAAUCUGGCAUUCUAUUCCCAGGCUCCAGCAUGGAAUUAUCCCUAUAGUCUACAGAAUCCUCCGAAUCAACCUCAUCAUCAACAGUCAGGACCAAUUUGCCAGGCCUUGUGUCUAGGCGCACCCUCACCUCAUUCUGUUCUUGGAAGUCGAGGUAACGGUGGCUCUCAACAAUCGGUGUUCAGAACACGUGGUGGUAUCGGUGGCGGAUAUCCACCACCGCUCAUUGAUGAUCGAUCACCUCGAUUUACUUGCGCCUGUCCUACUCAAUUCACGUUGGCUUCGGAUGGAUACAGCUGCCUGGAACCCCAACAAAGUCUACUGAUUAUCACUACGGAUGGAUUAAUCACCCGUUACACACCCGACGACCAGCCGACAACCAACCUUCUCUCCCUCUCUCCCCUCACGCUUCCCAUCCACGAUCAGCUUUCAGCCGAUGCCCCUCCUCCAACUUGGCAGCCUGUUGAGCAAGUUUCACCUCCUUAUGUCUAUGCAGGCGGAAGUGAUUCAACGUUCAAUGAAGGCGAUCCAGAUGUUCUAACUGACCCUCUUGUCUUUGCCCGACGAUGGAUAGCGCGCCAUAGAGUUGCUGCUACAGCACUGGAGGAGGUUACAAAUGCGGGUCUGUUUUUCCUUCUCCAACCCGUUGGGGGACGGGAGAGAGUGGCAUCAUCGUCUGCGCCUCUGAAUUCACCCCCUCGGACUGGUGGGAGAAACUUUAGACAUGCCUCGGAGGGUGGUGGAAGAAAUAGUGCUACUAGGGGCAAUUCGUUUACGGAAAGAGUUCGCGCUGGGGUGCCUUUUAUGCGUCUGGGAUUCCUGGAGUUUGCAACAGGAGAAGUUACGCUAUGGGAAGGUGGUCCAUUGGUUCCAUUGCCUGAGAGCGGAUGGAAUACUUUUAUCCCCAGCGGCGGAAGUAGCAACAGUCAACCAAGUUCAACUUCCCAACAGUCCAAUGCGAUAUCCUUCAACCGACCCCGAUGGAGUCUCGCAUUCGAUCCUGUUAAUCAGAUUGUGUUUUGGAGUGAUGCUGUUACUGGUCUACUGGGUGCUGAAAAUAGUAGAUCCGGUCGAACGAUCGGUCUGGUGGCUAAUCUCACCGAGAACUCCCGUACUGUUCUUGAAAUUGUUGUUGAGCCCCGGUCUGGCCAAUUAUUUCAAUUGACUUCCAAGAAACUUGAGUUUGAAUCUCAGCCCACAGAAUGUCGAAUCGAAGCGACCUACUUAGAUGGAAGUGAUCGCCGAAUAGUAUACGAUGCGUCUAAAACUUCCUCAUGCCCACAUUCCCUCACAUAUUCGGCCAAACUCGCCCAACUCUUUUGGGUCGAUCCCAGCAAGAAACGAAUUUGUACAGUUAGCGUAGCUACUGCUCUUGGAAAUGGAGCUUUGCGGCCAGAAACUGUGGUUUUAGAUACUUUCCCCAUUCCUAAAUCCCUCGUUAUUUUACCAGAAAGUGGUAGGGGGUCGCCAUCAUCAAGUGACGUUCUCUGGUUGACCUGGUUGGAGCCCAUUAAUCACGGUAUCAGUUUUGGAGGCCAAAAUCAUCCUAUGAGUCUCCUCUAUGUACCAUUGGAUUCAGUUUUCUCUAACACAGCUCCUAUUGCAGCGCAUAAGCCCCUUGUUCCACCUCCUGGUCUCAAUUCUUUCUUAUUGAACAGUGGAAGUCAACUUUUCCUGGUUCCAGUAAGAGGUGGUGGUUUGGGAGAUCUUUCCUGGCAUCCAUGUGCUGGUCCAUCGCAUGGAGAGUGCUCACAAUUCUGUCUACCAAAAGCAACUGCGUCCUCACCUAGUUUGCCUCUUUAUCCUGGUCCUCUUACUCCUCAUCCACCACUAUCAUCUCCACAACCCCAGUCACUGUGGAGGACAGUUCGAAAAUGUGCCUGUGCUCUCGGUUCCCAGCUCCUUAACACUGGCUCUCAGAGUGAUGAGGGUAAUGUGUGCAGUCGGAUACCCUACUGCUUACCACCUAAUAUGCUCUGUCGAGUCGGUCUCACAACGAGAGGCAAGAAAGCUCGAGCUGUUAAUUACUUCCUUCUGGGCGAACCAUUUCCUCAAAAAGGAGCUUGUAUUCCAGCCCACAAAGUCUGUGAUGGUGUGGCUGACUGCUUGGAUGGAAGUGAUGAGGUGAAUUGCCCACAAGCAUGUCCCGAGUAUGAGUGUGACAAUGGACUCUGCUUGCCUUUCUCUUCGCGUUGUAAUGACGUUAUCGAGUGUGAUUCUGACGAGUCGUGUUGUGGUAAGGAUCAAUUUGAGUGCAGACGUCCGCGACAUUCAUUGUUGUUAUAUCAACAAUAUCCUGGCACACCCUCCAGUCGCUGCCUACCAUCUGCUCUCGUUUGCAAUGGACGACCUGACUGUCCUGAUGGUUGGGAUGAGGCUUCUUGUGAUGAACACGACGUCUCAAGAUCACCUAUCGGUGAACUUGAACCAAAAAACGGGGUUUUAUCUAGUGCUAACUUAACAGGAGGAGCUGAUUCGCUUGUUGUGGAAGUCCCUAGCAAACCCUCAGGCGGAGAAUUUCCUUUUAUUUACAUUAUCUUCAUAGUCUCAGCCAUUGUCGUGGGGCUGAUUAUAAUCGGCAUUGUUACCUACCUUUGUUCCAAAAACUGGUCCAAAUCCUCAUACACAGUCCACACGGAUGUCCUCUUACUUCCUGCUGGUAAGAGGGAAAAAGGGAGACUUAGUGGGGAUGACAAUGGCACCAAAUGUAUUAAUGACAGUGCAAAGGCGCGUGGGGAUUGUCAGGAGCCGUUGGUUGGCGGAAAGACGACAAUAAAAUCUAGUGCCACUCUCACGGAACACACAUCAACCGCAAAUUCGCGUAGCCGCAGGUACAUUGGUGGCAGUAGUCGGCGGAUAACCUCGAAAGUAACAGUACUACCCUCGCCUCCUGUUAACGACGCCUCAAACUGGUAUUGCCCUUCGUGUUCGUCGAAAGGUGGAGCAGGUGGUUGUAGUGUUCAGUCACCUUCGGCCCCUAGGACCUAUUGCAUUCGGUGCCAGAAACAUAGUCGUCAUCAUUCUAGAAACCAAAAGUCAAGUCGCACUCGUUCACCGUGCCAAUGUGGAACUAAAGUCAGCGAUGCCGGUGACAACAGCUCUGUCUACUGGAAUUCUCGCUGUCCUUCGAAAUGCCCUCCUGCACCACCACCGUCCUCUCUUCCAUCACCUCCCCCCUCACCCACGACAGCAAGUUGCCUCUUUGAUAAUGGGCCCACUUCCAACACAUGUCAUCCUCCUCCCGCACCUCCACCAUCCAAACUUCACGCUGACAAUGACGAUGACGUGGAUGAGUACGGAGAAGAAUUGGCUGGAAGCAGUUCCACAACUCCUUCUUGCGAGUUAAGUGAUUCUUCCAGUCUCACCGCAUCGCCACUUCGUUGUCGACAUUCUCAUCAUCGAAGACGACGCCAUCGGCCUAGCCAACACCAUCAUAGACGCCGGUUUCAACGACAUGAACCUUCUGUGUCAUCUGUCACUUCUGUUGAUCACAGUGCCUAUCAAUAUCCAGCUACCACCAGUCAUCGACGAUCUCGUCAUAGAGCUGGAAGUGGUAGACGCAUGAGACGCAGGAAAGUGAGCUUCAGGUCAGAUUUGGAUGAAUGUGGUGGUCAUUGCCCACAAUGUGGAUCAAGACAACGGCACCACUCACAGCAAGGUUCAAGUUCGCGAAAAAAUAUUAUGAGAAGGAAUACAUUUGCUACUACUGCAACGGGGGCUGUCCAACAGCAUACUUUAGAAACGGUAAAUCCACCACCAAGCCCAAUCACCGAGUCGAUCUACGCAUCGCUCCCCCUUGCUGUGCUUAAACACUCUGAAAUUAUGUCACAGAAUGCGAGAUUGUCCAACUCUUCCGGUUCAAAUGGAGUCAUCUGUAAUGAUGGUGUGAAUUCCUUGUCGUUUGAAACUCUCGGUAAUGACAAAGAAUACGAUAGAAGGCUCAUUUCAACAGUUGGGAAUCUUGGCAGAUCAAGUGUUGGUGCGUCAGCUCCACCAUUUUAUUGCCCGCCUGGCGAAGAUUCGUUCGGAAUUCCCAAACAACUUCAAAUGCCUUCUUCUGCUGUAGGAAGCCUGGCUACAACCUCAUCUUUACCCAGCGCAUGCCUCCCCACCUCUCAUCGUCACAACCAUAAGCACAUUAGUGGCAGCGGGGCCAACGACGUAAAUACCACUUUAACCGCUGUUACUGCAUCUUCUGCAGCUAAGACAACAACUACAACGACAACGACGAUUCAGAAUGUCCAUGUAGUCAUAGUGACGUCAAACAAGGAGCAGAAGAUGCAUCAUCAUCGUCAUGAAUGCUGUGACUGUUGUUCAGAUUACUCCCUGACAUCUUGCUCCUCUGACAGCGAAGGGCCGCCUCCUGAGGCUACUCCACAUCAAUUUCCGGCUUUAAUGGUGGCAGGUGGUGGUGACCUCGCCUCGGUGAUACCAGAGGAACCGAGAGAACAAGCAGAGGGGGCUGAGGCUGACGAGGAGAUUAAUCCUCCGGCCAGGGCUCCGUUUGCUCAGUUCUCCUCGAAAAAUGCAUGA